AUGAAUGAGGCAACAAACAUUGCGGGCCUACUGUCAAGCAGAGAGACAACAGAGUCAAUGGAUAUGUACAGUGGGCAUGGUGACGUGUCUCCGUUUAUGCAAUUCCUCAACAUGACUGGACUAUUGAAAAUCCCCAAUUUAAUCGUUCGCCUUCUUGCAAUGAAUUUUGAAAUUAGUUUACAUAUAUCGUCCAUUCUAAUUACAAUGCUAGUAAUUACCAUGAUAUCACUACUAAUAAUACGAUAUAAAUACCUCACUGGCUACUCCAAAGAUUUAGAGAAGAAGAAGCUGACGAAAAUGAAAGGCUCAUCAUCUAGAAGUCAGGGCCCGGAUAAAGCCCAGAAAUCGGCGAGCUUAUUUGUUGAGAAGCGUAAAGAAGAAAAGUCGAGUAACUAUCUAGACGAGUUCCUUGCGGCAAUCAAAGUGUUUGGUUACUUGGACAAAGCAGUGUUUCAUGAAUUGACUAAAAGCAUGACUACGCAAAAGUUAUCGAGCGAAGAAGUAUUGUGUCUUGAUGAAAAGAUUGGAUUUCUGAUUGUUGUUGAAGGUACUGCGCAAGUGUAUACCAAGAUACCCAAAAAGAGUUCAUUGUCGAGCCAUGGUGACAACAACAACAAUGAAACUGAGGACAAUGAAAAUCUUCAGCAUUUCGACGACUACGAAGAAAAUGACGAUUUCUUCAAACUUGGAAACCAAAGCUACCAGCUUUUGAAUGAAGUCAAAAGUGGUGCUCCUUUAAGCUCGUUGAUUUCAACUUUGGAACUCUUUAAGCCACGCAAGAGGGGCUCUAGUAUGAGUUCAAGUGGGCCAAUACUUACACCCAACGAGGAUUUAAGAGGUGGCGUUGCAUUAAACUUUGAUUACAUAGGGAAACCUGUUGACGCAAUGAAGUUUAAAGAUGAAGAUGACGACAAGGAGUAUCCCAAUAUUAUUGUUCGCCCCAAGAAAAAGAAACACACAGAUACCAUGACAAUUGCCAUUAUUCCACACUCUGCAUUUGAGCGAGUACAAAUGAAGCAUCCCAAGGCUACUUCGCAUAUUGUAAUGAUGGUAUUGACUAGAUUGUACAAAGUUACCAUGAACACAAUUCACAAUUAUUUGGGAUUAACCGGUGAGAUAUUCAAGGUUGAAAUUGAUUUAAACAAGUCAUUGAACUUGGGUUUGCCGAGUUAUUUAGUGGACGGGCUUGUGGAAAGAUUGAAGCAAGGUAGCAAUAGUUCUAAAAAGCGCUCCAAACAGUAUAGACGGAGUCCUCUUGAAAGAACGUCCUCACGGUAUGUGUUGCUUAAUUCGAAAGUCAAAAGCAACAAUCCAGGUGAUUUAUUAUCCUCAGUGCCAAUCUCUCGUGAUGAUCCAAACCAAAAAGUGUCCAAAACAUCAUCUACUCAGUUGAUGGAUGAUAACAAAAGGGUAAACUUUACUGACAAUAUCGAGGAAACAGAGGAGAACUCAUUAAGGAUUGCAAUUAUUGAAAACAUAUUCCAUUUUGUUGGUAUUGACAGCGAAGCUAAUAAUGUCCAUGAGCAAAAUCCAUUUCUGAGUUUGAAUUCGUCUGCUAGUAGCUCGCUGUUGGCGCUCACCAAUUUCUCAAAUGGGUCUACACCAAACCCUAUGUACCAUAAUGUCUUUAAAUUUGAUCAAAAUGAGAAUCUAAUGAAUACAAUAAACUUGAAACAACUUCACAAAAGCUUAUCACCUCCAGCAAGCCGUCCAUCGUUUCAAAAAGCACUCAAGAAAAAAGUGGUGCCUAGUGAAAUGAAUAUCAAAGAUGCAUUUGCAAAGGUGUUGGAGUUAAAGUACAUUGAACCAGACACAACUGUGGUUCAACAGGAUUCAGUCACGUGUGGUUUGUAUUACGUCAUUGAUGGAUCAUUGGAGGUGCAUUACAAAGAUUCUGAAAAGUAUAGCCAACAUACAACUUCUAAGUAUGUGUAUUCUGUCAGCCCUGGAGGCGUUGCAGGAUAUUUGUCAUGUGUGGUUGGAUUCCGUUCGUUGGUGUCAAUCAAGACGCCCAAGAAAUCCAGUGCCGUAGUUGCAUUUAUUGCAAAGAAUGAUUAUAACAAAUUGCUCGACAAGUACUACUUCUUACAAUUACCUGUUGCUAUCAAGUUGAAGAAUCUGUUACCUAAAGAGAUUCUUAUUAUAGAUUAUGCUCUCGAAUGGUGUCAUAUACCAGCAGGCAACAUUUUAUGCUCACAGGGCGAUUUGGCAAAUGGGUUCCAUGUGGUACUCAGUGGAAGAUUCAGAGUGGUUAAAAAGAUUGAAAAGAAAGGGUCGAAUGAUGAUGACGUAGAGGUAUUGGGUGAAUAUGGACACGGUGAAUCCAUUGGUGAAGUUGAAGUGUUGACUGCUUCGAGAAGAACCAAUUCACUUAUUGCCGUGAGAGACUCAGAAACAGCGAGAAUUCCAAGAACUUUGUUUGAAUUACUUUCAUUUCAAAACCCAGCAAUCAUGGUUAAGGUUUCACGUUUGGUGGCAGCAAAAGUUCUUUCAUCAGAAAAGAAUGUUGUCCAAUCUGCUCACAAUUUUAUAACUUCGUCCAGUAGUGAAAAUUUUGUUUCCGCAAACUACAAAACAAUCACCAUUCUUCCUACGGUGUCGGGGUUACCGGUUCGCGACUUUGCUGACAAAUUGGUUCAUGCGUUGAAAGCAAUUGGUCGAAACGUUAUUUCAUUGGACCAGGCUCUGACUUUGACCCAUUUAGGAAGACAUGCAUUUGAUGAGAGUUUAGCGCGUUUGAAGUUGUCGGGGUACUUUGCGUACUUGGAAGAAGAGUAUGAAACAGUUGUUUAUGUGUGCGACUCACCGGUUCAAUCGCACUGGACAUCAACGUGUAUAUCCCAGGGGGAUUGCAUAUUGCUAUUAGCCGAUGCAGACGACGAUACCACAGCCACGUCGAUUGGGGAAUAUGAACAGUUGUUGAUUAAGCUCAAGACAACAGCACGAACCGACUUGUGUUUAAUACAUCCUGAUAAGUAUGUUGUGUCGGGUUCCACCAGCCAAUGGUUGAAGAAUAGACACUGGGUACAAGGACACCAUCAUGUUCAAAUGGGCAUUGAGAAGCACAAUGAAUCACUUGGCCCCAGCAAAAAAUCUUUCAUUAGCGACUUAGCUGCAAAGUUUUCUCAAAACAACUUGAUCAUCUCCAAAGUCGAAGAGGCUACGACCAAGGCUCUCAAACGAAUCCGUCGACCCCAACAUGAGGACAUCACUUUGGCGUCUCACAAGAAUGAUUUUCUACGUCUAGCUAGAAUAUUAUCAAACGAAGCUGUUGGUUUAGUUUUAGGGGGAGGAGGAUCAAGGGGUAUUGCUCAUGUCGGUGUUGUCACCGCGUUAGAACGACACGGUAUUCCUGUUGACUUAAUUGGUGGAACAUCCAUAGGAUCUUUUGUUGGGGGCCUAUAUGCAAGGGAUUACAACAUUGUUUCCAUCUAUGGCCGAGCAAAGAAGUUCUCCAAAAGAAUUGCAUCGUUGUGGAGAAUGGUGUUUGAUUUGACGUACCCAGUGACAUCAUACAUCACCGGCUAUGAAUUCAAUAGAGGUAUUUGGAAAGUAUUUGGGUUUGUUGAAAUCGAAGACUUUUGGGUGAAAUAUUUUUGCAAUUCAACAAACAUCACGAACUCUACAAUGGACAUACAUGAGUCAGGGUACGCUUGGAGAUUUAUCCGAGCAUCCAUGUCAUUAGCCGGAUUGCUUCCACCAAUAGCGUUUAAAGGAUGUAUGCUUUUGGAUGGUGGGUAUUUGGAUAAUUUGCCGGUUAUGGAAAUGAAGCGUCGUGGAGCUAAGCAUAUAAUUGCCGUGGAUGUAGGAUCAGCAGAUGACAGAACUCCUAUGAACUAUGGCGACACCUUGAGUGGAUUUUGGGUGCUUUUCAAUAAAUGGAACCCCUUUUCCAAACAUCCCAAUGUGCCCAACAUGAUGGAUAUACAAAUGAGACUUGCUUAUGUUGCUAGUGUCAAUGCUUUAGAGGAAGCAAAAAGUGCUCCCGGUGUUUACUACAUGCGACCACCCAUAGAUAACUACGCCACCUUGGACUUUGGGAAAUUUGAUGAAAUCUAUCAAGUCGGGUUAGGGUAUGCUGAUAAGAUGUUUACCGAAUGGGAAAACAAAAAUGAGUUGCCGGAAAUCGCUGGAUUUGUCAAUAAAGACAACAUGAAGGAUUUUGGAGAGAGGAAGAUCAUGUAUAGAAGAAACUCAAUUUAG